UGGGAGACCAGAUAUAGUGAAUGCAGGGUCCGGAGAGAGCGGAUAUAGUGUAUGCAGGGUCCGGGGAGACAGGGUAUAGUGAAUGCAGGGUCCGGGGAAAGCAGAUAUAGGGAAUGCAGGGUCCAGGGGGACCAGAUAUAGUGAAUGGAGAGUACUGGGGGACCGGAUAUAGUGAAUGCAGGGUCCGGGGAGAGCGGAUAUAGUGAAUGCAGGGUCCGGGGAGACCGGAUAUAGUGAAUGCAGGGGUCCGGGGAGACCAGAUAUAGUGAAUGCAGGGUCCGGGGAGAGCGGAUAUAGUGAAUGCAGGGUCCGGGGGAGAGCGGAUAUAGUGAAUGCAGGGUCCGGGGAGACCGGAUAUAGUGAAUGCAGGGUCCGGGGAGACCAGAUAUAGUGAAUGCAGGGUCCGGGGAGAGGGGAUAUAGUGAAUGCAGGGUCCGGGGAAAGCAGAUAUAGGGAAUGCAGGGUCCGGGGAGAGCGGAUAUAGUGAAUGCAGGGUCCGGGGAGAGCGGAUAUAGUGAAUGCA